CUAGAGCUGCCAUAUUGUUGGUGACGUGGUGUAUGUUGAUUAUGAAAAAGUUUAUGUGCAUAAAUUCAUUUGAUCUAAUUUAUUUUAACCGGAAGAAAACUUUAUUUAAUUUGAAACCAAUUUUUUUUUUGUUCCUAAUCCAAAUUAAGUCAUACUAAUUUGGUCGUAUAUCUGUUGUUGUAAAGUGAACCUAACACCAAGUUCAACCAAAAUAUUCAAAAUUUAAACUUUUGAAAUUAUACGUUAUUUCUAAAUUAUUAAACCAACUCAAAACAUAAACCAUACAGCUGGCUUUAUGUAUGAUUAAGGGAAAAUUAUCUAAAUCACUUCGUUUUAAUUUCUCAUCUCUAAACAGCACCUGAAUGUCAAAGUGACCAAAUUAGACUUUCAUAAAUGAGUAAAUGACAAUUAUAUCAUCAUUUAUAAUUUUAUUUAUUUAAUUAUUUAUUAAAUAUAUAAAAUAAAUAAAUAUUUAGAAAUAUUUAGAAAAAUAAAAUAAAAAUUGAUUUUCAAAAUUCUUUUUAGACAAUUACACCCCCUAAAGUGCAUUGUUUUCCCCACUUCAAAUUAGUCUUGAUUAAGCUAAAAUUUCAUGUGAUUAUGUAUGAUUUAUUAUAGACAUCUUUAAAGAGAUAAUCAUAUAUUGGAAUAAAAAAUAUACUAAAAAUGAAACCGUUACAUACAAUAUAUUUUGUAUUCAAUACGUUGUACUUUGUAUUUUUUAACCUCAAACAAAAUUGAAAGCAGUAUAGAAGAAAUAUACAGUCUGGAAAAAAACCAAAAAUUGUAAAAUUCAUCGGAUGUCCAAAUCAAAUUUUGUUUUGUCAAAUUAGUUCUAUUUUGGAAAAUAGAAAGUUUGCAGAAAAGCAGAAACUUUUUCUGCAAAUCAGUCUUUGUUUGUAACACUUUCUGCAAAUCAAUCUAUUAAAAAUAUAAUUACUUAAGAGCCAAAAAAAAAAGAGAGAAAAGAAAGAAACUUUUUUAUAGUAGUAUGAAUCUGUGAACAGUGUGUGUAGUGGCACGUGCCAGCUUUGCAACAGUAAAGCUAAAAAACCGUUCAUGUUUGGAUCCGUCGACCAAUAUAUUCCCGUCAUGACAGGGGAGCCUCUCUUCCUUUCAUCCAACGGCUGUCUUUAACCUCAAGGUAAAUCAACCGUCGGAUGUUCAUCCAACGGCUCACAAUAAAUCUAACCUCAUAUCUCUCUCUUUUAAAAUAAGACCAAACCUGUUCUCUUCCACUCUCCUCUCCUCUCUCUCUCGUUAAAAACACAGUGAGCUUCGCCGUUAAAUUUCUCCGGCACCGGAAAAUUGAUAAACGAGGAUAGCACAAAAAUCACUGUAUACUGAUCUUCUAUCUCUCUCUCUCGUUCGUGAUGCUUGUUACGACGGCGACGCGGUGGUUAGUGUAUUGCCGGAGAUAUCAAGAACCGGAGGAUUAAGGUUUCGUUUUUUUAUAAAAUUGUGUUUCGAGUUUUGGAGGAGAUGGAAGGACAGGCGAAGCUGACGAGGACGCAGUCAUCGCUGCUCCGGUCAUCGUCGACGGUGCGAUCAUCUUUUCUCAGCUUAAACGGCGAUUUAACCGAAGUCCCUCACCAGAGACAAGAUCUUGAAGCCGGAGAGAAAGAAGAGAAACAGAGGAGAAAACCGCCUAAACCAUUCGGGUCAAGUCCUCGAACCGGGAUUAACCGGAUCAAUCCGGGUCUAGCCUUCACCAUGGUGUCUCUCUCGUUCCUAAGCCUCUCGUCUUUCUUCUUCUUCGUCGUGUUCUCCCAAACCGAGGAGCUUCUCACCUCCGAGAACCUCCUCUUAGCUCUGAUCUUCGUCGCCGUCGCUCUCUUCUUCGCCUCCAAGAACAUCGCGCGUCUCAACCGAACCGUACACGCGGUCAAACAAAUCUGCGACGAAACCACAAAGAGCUUAGGCUUUCAGAGGAAGAACCGGUCUAAACCGGUACAGUGGUACAUCGGCGAUUCCGAUACCAAACCGGAGAAGAAAACCAAGCGGUUAGUUAAAGAAGGCGUGCAGUUCUACAGCAAUGGAGAUUUCUACGAAGGGGAGUUUCACAAAGGGAAGUGUAAUGGCAGUGGUGUGUACUACUACUUCGUGAGAGGGAGGUACGAAGGUGAUUGGGUCGAUGGGAGAUACGAUGGUCAUGGGAUCGAGAGCUGGGCUAGAGGGAGUAGAUACAAAGGUCAGUAUAGGCAAGGUCUUAGACAUGGUUAUGGAGUUUAUAGAUUCUACACUGGUGAUUGCUACGCUGGUGAGUGGCUAAAUGGUCAAAGCCAUGGGUUUGGUGUUCAGUCUUGUGCUGAUGGUAGCUCUUAUGUUGGUGAAUCAAGAUUUGGUGUCAAGCAUGGCCUUGGAUCUUACCAUUUCAGAAAUGGAGAUUGUUAUGCCGGAGAGUAUUUUGGAGACAAGAUUCAUGGGUUUGGUGUGUAUCGUUUUGCUAAUGGGCAUUGUUAUGAAGGGGCGUGGCAUGAAGGUCGUAAGCAAGGGUAUGGUGCUUACUCGUUCAGAUCCGGUGAUGCUAAAUCUGGUGAGUGGGAUUCAGGGAGUCUUGUAACUUCUCUACACCCUACGAGCGAGCCGGUUUGCAGAGCGGUUCAGGCUGCUAGAGAAACGGCUAAGAAGGCAGUGAACCGGAAACGAGUAGAUGAACAAGUGAGUCGAGCCGUGGCUGCAGCUAAUAAAGCUGCAACGGCUGCAAGAGUGGCUGCUGUUAAAGCCGUUCAGAAUCAGAUGGAUGGUAAAUUUUGUCAAAGUUGAAACAUUUGGGUGAAAGAAAGAAAAAAAUUGUAAAUCUUUUUUUUUUUGGUUUGAUGUUGAUUUCGGUUUUGUUACCGGUUUCUUUGUAACCCUGAUUGAGCUAAAAGAAAUGGAAAGCUUGUUUCAGAGGUUUUUAACAUAGUAAUUUUCGAUAGUAAUUACUUCUUUGACAACAAUCUGUACAUAGAAGAAGUAUAAGAAGAUGAAAAUGGUUGUCUUUUGUUUUGUAAA